UCUACAGGUGAAGUUUUGAAAAACUUAAAUAAGUUCUACAAAAGAAAAGAAAUCCAAAGACUCGGAGCAGAAAAUGGAUUAGAUGCUCGCCUGUUUCACCAAGCAUUUAUAAGCUUUAGGAAGUAUAUCAUGGAAUCCAGUGCUGUGAGUGCUGAUUUGCAUAUUAUUCUCAAUGAUAUAUGCUGUGGUGCAGGUCAUGUGGAUGAUCUCUUCCCAUUUUUCCUGAGGCAUGCGAAGCAGAUCUUUCCGAUGUUGGACUGUAUGGAUGAUCUGCGCAAGAUUAGUGAUUUAAGAUUGCCACCAAACUGGUAUCCAGAUGCCAGGGCUAUUCAGAGAAAGAUAAUAUUCCAUGCCGGUCCUACAAACAGUGGAAAAACUUACCAUGCUAUCCAGAGAUUUUUGUCAGCAAAGUCUGGAAUAUACUGUGGUCCACUGAAACUUCUGGCUCAUGAGAUCUUCCAAAAGAGUAAUGAUGCUAAUGUGCCAUGUGACUUGGUGACAGGAGAAGAGCGUGUCUAUGCCCAUGAAGAUGCCAGACCAGCUGCUCAUAUUGCUUGCACGAUUGAAAUGUGCAGCACUAAUACGCCUUAUGAAGUUGCUGUGAUUGAUGAAAUUCAGAUGAUCAGAGAUCCUGCCAGAGGGUGGGCUUGGACAAGAGCCCUUCUAGGACUCUGUGCGGAAGAAAUCCACGUUUGUGGAGAAGCUGCUGCUAUUGACUUGGUUACAGAGCUCAUGUACACUACAGGGGAGGAAGUUGAAGUCCAAAACUACAAGAGACUCACUCCUCUUACUGUGCUGGAUUAUCCCUUAGAAUCUUUAGAUAACCUUCGUCCCGGGGACUGCAUUGUCUGUUUCAGUAAGAAUGACAUUUAUUCUGUCAGUCGGCAGAUCGAAGCCAGAGGAUUAGAAUGUGCUGUCAUAUAUGGCAGCCUGCCACCAGGAACAAAACUUGAACAGGCAAAGAAAUUCAAUGAUCCUGAUGAUCCAUGCAAAAUUUUAGUUGCUACAGAUGCAAUUGGGAUGGGACUCAAUCUGUGUAUAAGAAGAAUAAUUUUUAACUCUAUAGUGAAGCCAACUAUCAAUGAGAAGGGGGAGAAAGAAAUAGACUCCAUUACAACCUCUCAGGCUCUGCAGAUUGCAGGCAGAGCUGGGCGUUACGGCUCAUCCUUCAAAGAAGGAGAAGUCACUACAAUGCAUCGUGAUGACCUUGCACAGCUGAAGGAAAUUCUGAGCGAGCCCGUGCGCCCUGUGAAGGCAGCUGGCCUACAUCCUACUCCUGAGCAGAUAGAAAUGUUUGCUUAUCAUCUCCCUGAUGCCACGCUGUCCAAUCUAAUUGAUAUUUUUGUAAGUCUCUCACAAGUUGAUGGGCUUUACUUUGUCUGCAAUAUUGAUGACUUCAAAUUUCUAGCAGAUAUGAUUCAGCACAUUCCACUAAAUUUGCGAUCACGAUAUGUCUUCUGCACUGCACCCUUGAACAGAAAAGAGCCUUUUGUGUGUACCACAUUGUUGAAGUUUGCAAGACAGUUCAGCAGAAACGAGCCUCUGACGUUUGACUGGCUCUGUCGGCACACCAAAUGGCCAUUAGCUGCUCCAAAGAACAUCAAAGAACUUGUACACCUUGAAGCUGUUCAUGAUGUUUUUGACCUCUAUCUGUGGUUAAGUUACCGCUUCAUGGAUAUGUUCCCUGAUGCUGUCCUUGUAAGGGAUAUUCAGAAAAAAUUAGACGACAUUAUACAAAUCGGUGUCUGCAACAUCACGAAGCUGAUACGAGCGUCCCAAUCUGCAGCUGCUCCUGGUACAGCAGUUGUGCCAGAAGAUUUUCCUUUUUCAAGGACUAAGAGGGAUACCAAGGUGAUUUCAGACCAUCAUGUUGCAAAGUCCACAGAAGCGCUCUCUGUUGCAGUGGAGAUUCCGGGAGAAAGAAGAGCAAAGAACUUGAAAGCCUAUCGGUCUGCCACAAGGCAGGAGGAUCUGAAAAGCCACGGACGUGGAUCUCUGGCCAACAGAUUGCUGCGUGAAGGACUUCUAACACAAGAAAUGCUGAGACAGCUGGAGAGUGAGUGGCAGGAUCAGCACAGGAAUGGUAGAUACGGCCUUGGUUCGAGAAGAGAUGAUCAGAAUAGUUCAAAGGAAACAGGGAAAAAGAAAAAAUAGAGCCAUGUCCUAAUUCUGUUUAACUUUUAUUCAUAAAAUAAAAUACUAUUUUAAUAACUUCUUUGGCAUUUCAUGUUUACACUACUGCAGCUCCUCAGUGUUUUUCCUUUCCCUGUGACCAGUUACAUGAAGCAAUCGGAGAAAUGGACUCUUACGAGCUCAGAGGCCAUAGAUUUGCUUUUACUGGUCAGCUGCACACUUUCUCAGUCACAGUGUUCAGUGUGUGUGAUCUACUGCUAUGUGAAAAUUUUGAACUCAAUGUCUUCUUGCAAGACAUCCUCACGUUGUUAAUAAACAUCAGAUAAUUCACU